CACUAAUUACGGUAUAGCGCUAACAUCACAUCGUAGCGGACGCCGCAACUCGAGAUAGCACGUUACUUGCACAGUCCUGUCAACCAGCCAUUGGAUCCACUGUAAUUUGGCCCGAUUAAGUGUGAAACCCAGUCUUAAUCCUCUGGUCGUGAAGUGGAUUUUCCGAGCAAUUCUGAUCCAAACACACAAAGCAACUAUGGGUAUCAUUCGGACAGCCGUGACAGCGGGCCUUUGGGGCGUUACCGGAGGUGUGGCCAGCGUCGGCGUGGGAAUGGCUUAUCUGGCGUCCAGCACAGCAAUCGUUGAUCUGAGCAAGACCGACCCCUGGUUCAAGACCAAGACGUACGCCAAGUACAACCCCAAGGGCAACCCGGCCCUCGUGGACGACUGCAUCAAGCGCGUCCCCCUGCACAAGAUCCGUCCCGACCUGCGCGACGACGAGGAGGCCCUGACGCUGGAGUUCUGCCGCGGCGUUUGGAGCCGAUGGGGCUUCUGGACCCAUAGCAAGCUGCAGGAGCGUUAUGACAACCCGGGUCCCGCUGCGGCGGACAACCUCUGGAACACAUCGCAAUUGGCCGUCGCAAAGUAUGAGAAAGGCAUGAAGUUCUCCAACCACUUCGAGGUCGUCGAGAACGCAGGAAACGAGGUGACUGUCCGAUGCGGUGGUACUCCGCUAAAUCCUGGACUGAGGGACUCGGAUGGACUGAUCCUCCUCAGCGCACGUAUCGACCGUGAGAAGCAGGAGGCCGUCUUCAGCUUCAAGUCGGCCCUCUUCAACAGCGCUGGCGUAUUUGCUCCAGGUACGGAGCACUCGGUCCCAUCAACCAUCACGUUCUUACACAGGUUGUACGUCCGGAUUCUGACGCAGGCUGCUUAUGGAAAUGUCAAAGCAUAGAUUAAAGUGUAGAGAGUAAAUUGUUCUUUAUCGAGCAGCUUGGGCUCCCUCGUAUAUAUAGCUUCAUAUGUUCAAAUAGACAAAUCCAUGACACGGUGGCCGGAUUUAUCGUAUCUCGG